AUGCAUUUGUUCUUUAAUUAGUCAUAUUACGUGACAAGCUAGCUAUCUAGUCCAACACUAUUUUUCCAAAGCAUAUUCAGUACUAUAUACUUCUAUAUACCUAUCAAAAAAUGGGUUUUACUGAGCCAGAAAUUAUGUGCAAGAAGCAUCCAAAUCAUAAACCACAACCAGGAGUUUGUUCUUCUUGUCUUAGAGAAAAACUCAAUAAGCUUUCUACUUCAACAACAACAAUAAUGCCACUUUCUUUGGCAUCAUCCUCUACUUGUUCUUCCACUUUUGAUUCUCCCCGCCGUGGCGGCCACCGCCGGAUCACCUCCGACGUUGUGGGUCCCUUCUCUUUCGUCAGCAUCAGCAGCGUUGGCGCCGGAGGAGCGUUGAAGAAAAGCAGAUCAAUAGCUUUUGUUGCAAGAUCAGUUUGUAGAUCAGGUGGUUUGAACGGCCAAAAGAAGAAAGAAGGUUUUUGGUCAAAGCUGAUCAGGUCAACGGGAAAAAGAUCCAAUAGGGUUCUUGUGCAUUGAUAUAUAUAUCAUCUUUGUACGUUGUCAAUAAUCUAUACUUGCUAUAAAAGCUAACUUCAAUCGUAAAUUUGAUCACCAAUAAGCAAUCCCGUUAUGGUUAAAUUUUCUUUUUAAAAAAGGAGAAAAAGAAAAGAGACGCAUGUAUUCUUUUUUAUGGUUGUGAGCCGGUAUUCUUUGUCACUUCAUAUAUCUAGUUUUCUAAGACAUUUCGGACUUUUAAA